AACGAAGGACUCUAAAGCUUUUCAAGUGAAGUUUUCAAAGGAUUUUAGAUUCAACCCUUUCAGGUAAUAACAAAUGGAAUUUUUUAGAGAAGUUGGAGAACUCCGGGGUAACCAGGGCAUGGAAGAGGAAGAGGGUGUUAUGUCCGUAGAGCCGAUUGUGAUGAUUGUACCUCCAGAACUGCAAGACUUGCCGAAAACCCCUACACCCGAGAGUAAUGCCAGUUCGAGUGCACACGAGGGCUCCGGUGAUAAUCAUUCUUCGCCAUCUGAGGGGUCGUCAUCAGAAAGGACUCCCAAUGCUGGAAAAGAUGUGGGGGAAGGCGUAAGUAGUCCCUUGCAGGAAAGCAUGGAGGUGAAUGUGGAUGUGCCUAUGGUUGCAGUUAGAGAUACUUGCGAAGGCAACUGUGUUCAGAUCGCUCUUCUUGUGUCGGUUGAGUACCACUCAAAUGAUGUGGAUACACAAAUAGAGAGGGUCAGCAACGAUCUAGCAACUCGUCUCUCUAGAUGGCACUUAGGGCAUACUUACAUGAACUAUCCCAUGAUAACUCCUGACAACCUGGAGCUUAAGGAUAGAAUAACAAACUACGUAAAAGCGGAGGGGUUAGUUGAUUUGGAAGCUCUGGUUACCCUGAGGUGCUCGCUAUGCACGGGUUUGUGGAUGUUGCAAACCUGUUCAGUGAAGCCGCCUGAAGCUCCUCGUAGCUCGUCACAAAAAGAGCAAGGCUCAAGCUCGGCUUCACAGCCACACGCCGAAUGUAGAGUAGAAGCCGUUUCUGUUGAGACUUGGAGGUGUGCUCGUGAAGAUUCCGAUGCUGAAGAUGAUGUACCACUGAUUUGGUGCAGGUUAAACUCUGGGAGUCAAUUUGGAAUGGUGUGUUCACCUGACGUGCCCACUGCCCCAGCAUGUGAUACUGCUGAGGCACUGCCUACACCAGCACCCAGCAUGGGCCCCAGAAUCACAUACCCUAAGGGUUUUAGCUAUACUAAAGCCGACUGUCAGCUCGCCAUGGCGUUAAGCUAUUCGGUAGCUUUGUUUGAGAGUGAGCAAGUAGCUCGUGGGCAAAAUUGCGAGCUGAGUGACACGUGCAAGCGGUUGACAUCUGACAAGGUGAGCUUGGAGGAUGAGGUGAACCGUCCGCAAAGCUCAGAGAUGGCCAACAAGGCUGCAUCUUCUGAGAGCCGGGCUGAUGAGUUGGCCAACAAAGUCAACCAGCUAAAGGAGGAGCUGGAGAAGGUUCAGGCCGAAAAGGAGAGUGGGAUCCAAGCAGCCAUGGAUAAGGUCAUUCAUGCGGUGGAUCGCACAAAGAAGGCUGAAGCUGAAAGAGACAACGCUCUGAACAACCUCAGCACUCUCAGACAGCGAGUAGCAAUGGCUGACCAAGAUCUCGCCCACGUAGAGAAGGGGCUACGGAAAGCCAAAACUUAGUACCAGAGCUGCAAAAGCAUUGCGCGAGCUUAAGGAGUGGUGGUUGGUAGGUGUCGAUAUGUUCAAGGAUGCCGUAGCUGUGGCAUCCAUGAACACCACAGCAAAAAUUUAUAAUGACAUUCAUGGAAAAGUAUUGAAUCACCAACCAGACUUUUCGAUCAACGAACUGGCAUUUUUUUAGGGUGAGGAAUUUGAUGAAGAGGGGAAGAGCCUUGCUUCCCCUGCUGAUACCACCGUGCAGCUUAGGUGGGAGUGUAGACGACCACUUAAGAUUUUUUCAAAAUAAAUUGAAAAAUUAAGU